AUGUCUGAACUUCUUGUUCAAGUAAAAUCUGUUGACGAUAAAAAUUUGCGUGUCAGAAGGAGGAUAUACUUAAAUGUGGAGGUCUUACGUGAACGUAAUAUUCGUAUUGGUGAUUAUGUUUUCGUAAAAAAAUUUGAAUCCACAUCUGAGAUCACUAUAGGAAUUGCCUGGCCAUCAUUUACAAUCAGGAAGGACCAAAUACAACUCAAUCCUCUGCAAUGUGAAAAUGCUGACCUUCAAGCUGGUGAUCCUGUUUAUAUCUCUCGAGUUGAUUGCGCAAUUAUAAGUGCUUCAAAAGUUGUCUUGGAACCGCUUGGAGUUAUAGACUUUCCAAUUGAUCAGUUUCUGAAUAUACUUGCAAAGGAAAUCCUGAGUAUGUGCGGUUUUCUUGACACUAAAUAUUCAAUGAAAGGAAAUCGCAUCGAGUUUCAAUAUCAUGGGGUGGUUAGGUCAUUUCGUGUUGUUAAUAUCUGCCCUAUAAAAGAAUUUACAAAGUGUAGCGUGGAAACAGCCAUCUAUUCUAUUACAAAAGAAACAACAGUUGCUAUCUUACCAAAUGAAUACGCGAGAAUUGAUGACUCGAUGAAGAUUCAUAAGAUCGGAUACGAUAGCAUUGGUGGACUAUCUGAACAAGUUCGAAUAGUACGUGAGAUGGUUGAGAACUCAUUUAGAAAUCCAGAGUUAUUUACGCAGUACGGUAAAACAUUGAUUGCACGUGCCGUCUCUUCGGAAACUGAGGCACAUGUGAUAUGUGUGAACGGGCCAGAAAUAACGAGCAAAUUUUAUGGUGAAACUGAAGCAAAG